AUGGCACAGGCUUGCCAAAGAACGUGCUAUCAAAAAAAUGUCAUGCUGGCGUGCGGUUGCGGCGAUCCACACUACCCCUUGAAUGGAACCGUUUUUGGAAAUAAACUUUGGCCCAUCUGUAGCGUUUCUGAUGCAAAACAAGGAAGUUGUUGGAUUUUUUUGUAUUUAGACCAGACACCUCACAUCACAUCAAUUUUUGAUAAGGAAGUUGUUGGAUUUUUUAAAAUAAUUUCUUUGAAAAAUGAUACCUUGAAAUAUUUGGACGACAAAGUACCUUUUGACAUGUUUCAAGACAAUAAGUACAAGGACAAUCUCUUAACUGUCGAAAUAUAUUUUGAAGAGUUCAACUUUCAAGUACUAUCCGAAUCGCCAAGCUAUGAAGUGGCCCAGUUUCUGUCAGAUAUUGGAGGGAUUUUAGGGUUAUACUUGGGAAUGUCUUUUAUGUCAGUUGUUGAAUUUGUUGAACUUUUCAUCGAUUUUGUCCUACUUCUUUGUCAAAAAUGUAUUCUGGUAAAAACUCUAAGAAAGAGAAAUAAUAAAAUUCAACGGGAAAAUAAUGAGACGCAUGAAACUGUGAAGACACCAAAUGAACCUACGCAAUCUCAAAACCUGACAAAACCUUUGAAAACACCAAAAUCAACUAACAGCGUGAGAGAUUUGCUUUUGAAAUUUUAA